CCAUGGCCCCUACAACACUGAAGAGGAAGGCUCUUUUGACAGGACGGUAUGUCACCUACACUUCCAGCCAGAGGACAUUAUGUGGGAGACAUCACUGUUCAAUGAAAAAACUGGGGUCACAUUUUCUGCCAAGCUGAAGGUCCCACGACUCCGUACAGGAGCAGUUCCAACAAAGCUACCUUACACCCCAUCUUAUCUGUCAUCCGCUGGUUCUUCCCGAGAGUCUCCUGAUGCCAGACGGAAGAGAAAGAAAAAGGAACUAAUCAAAUCUGCACUUGAAAAACAAAAACAAGAUGAUUUGGUACACCAGCAGGAAAGCAGACUGAUCAACUUGAAAGCUGAUUUGGUAAAUAUCAAGACGGCGAAGCCUCCAGCCCAUGACGAUCAUCCAGCGGAAGUCAUGAAGCCUCCCCAUGUUGACGUGCAGGUUGUGGAGGUGAAGGAGGAGCCGACAUGGACAGAGGAGGCCCAGGACAUGCUUCAGCAGGACCCCCUCGCCCUAAACCCUGAGCCUGUCUCCUGGCAGUCCUCUGACUCACAGGAGGAGCCCCAGCCCCAAGGCAGAGUUGUCUACCUCAAAGAAGAAAUAGAUAUCAAAGAAGAGGACGUUGACAGCUUCAGCAUGGAAGAAGUGGCUGAGUGUGUCACAGACAGAGGGGGGAGCCUGCUCCAGGGACCACAGGAAGAAACUGAGAAGCUUCCUGUGAAGAGAAGAAAAGCAAUGAAGGCAGAGCUCGUCCUGUCUGCCACCCCGCGUGUUAAGACAAGGAAAGUGGACUUCGAGCGUCGGGUCUUCAAACCUUCGUGGGAGAAGUACUUCUUCGUCGAGCGCUUUGGACGGGCCCAGUGCCUCAUAUGCUUCAAGACCGUGGCUGUCCUGAAAGAGUACAACGUGCGCCGCCACUGGGAGGCAGAGCACCGAUCAUCAAACUUUGCGUCGAUGUCUGCCACCGAGAGGAAGGACGUCGUAGUUAGACUGUCAGGUGACCUGCAGAAAACAACUUUGCACUUCCCCAAAGGGACUGUUGAGGCCGACAAGGUGACGCGUGCCAGUUAUGAGGUCUCCCGCCUCCUUGCUCGCAGGAUGAAGCCAUUCACGGAUGGGGACUACAUCAAGGAGUGCCUCGUCGCUGUGGUGGACUCCGUCUGUCCAGAGCAGCGUUAUGCCUUUGAGAGCGUGAACCUUUCGUCCCACACCGUUCGUCGUCGCAUAGAGGAGAUGGCGGACAACGUGCACGACUCACUCAAGACCCGCUGCUCAACCCUCGUCGCCUUCUCCCUCGCUCUUGACGAGAGCACCAACACGAAGGACACGGCCCAGCUGGCCGUUUUCAUCCAUGGGGUCACCGCUGACCUCCAGGUGUGUGAGGAAUUCCUCCAGCUUGUCCCGCUGCACGGCACCACCACUGGGCAAGACAUCUUCGACGCCGUGCUUCAGUGUGUGGCGCAGCACUCCCUGGACCUCUCCCGUCUUGUGUGCGUGACGACCAACGGUACCCGGGCAAUGAUUGGGGAGAAGGGCGCCGCUUCGCUGCUAGUGCGCCACUGUGAGGCCGCCGGACACACUCAGCCCAUCCACAAGGUGCACUGCAUCUUCCACCAAGAGGCCCUGUGCGCCAAGUCUGCCAACCUCGUUGAUGUCAUGUCUGUCGUAGUGAAGGUCGUCAACUCCAUCCUCUCCCACAGCCUUAACCACCGCCAGUUCCAGGUACUGAUGGACGAGGUGAACGCGCACUACAACGACCUGCUCUACUUUCGUGAGGUCCACUGGCUGAGUCGUGGGACCAUGCUGUCCCAUGUGUGCGACCUGCAGCAGGAGAUCGCCACCUUCCUCCGUCAGAAGAACCUUCCCCAUGCUGAUCACUUCUCCAACCCGCGAUGGCUCGCUCGCCUGGCCCUGCUCACAGACAUCACUACGCACCUGAACACCCUCAAUGUGAAGCUGCAAGACAAAGACAUUCUUGUGACAGACAUGUACACGCACAUCACCACCUUCGAGGUUAAGCUGCGUUUUUGGGAGGCUCAGUUGGCUAUUGGUCAGUUUGUGCAUUUUCCUCGCCUUGCUGCUUGUGCCCCUGACGACGUGGACCUGGGCACUUGUGUUAGUGUCAUCGCCUCUCUGCGGGAGGAAUUUGCCUUCCAUUUCACAGGAGUCAGGCCGCUGGCUGCGAACUUUAGGCUUUUCACCGCCCCCUUUGACUUCCCUGUGGACGACGCCCCUGCCCACCUGCAGAUGGAGUUGGUGGAGCUGCAGUGCAACGAUGAACUAAAGGCAAAGUUCCACACCUCUUCUCCGCUGUCCUUCUUCCGUGACCUCGUCCUCCCUUCUAGCAAUUUUCCAAAAUACGUUGCGCAUGUUCAACACAUCGUGGCCAUGUUUGGCAGCACCUACUGUUGUGAAGAGCUCUUCUCCAAAGUGAAGUACAUGAAGUCUCACCUUCACUCCCAUCUCUCGGACCGCCACCUCAACAACAUUCUUCUGUUGUCCACCUCAUCCAUCGAGCCAGACAUUGAAACACUUAUUCAUGGCAAGCAGCACCGGCCGUCUCACUGACUUGUAUGUUUUUCAAUAAAAUUCUUGUAUAAUGUAUUGUACAUAGUCACUUUGGGGAUUUUGUUUGUCACUCCGGCCCGCGGCCUGCUCCCAAAAGUCUCAUCUGGCCCUCACUCCGAAAGGGUUGCCUGUCCCUGCCAUGUAUGGAUGUUAUUUCCAUGCCUAAGUUAUUUAUAAUUAUCUCGGUAUUAUUGAGUUUUUCCUCUAUUUUUAAAACUAUUAACACUCUGUGGCUGGGGUGUUGUGGUGCCUUUAACAGCUGUCGCUAAGUUUGCAGUGCCAUAAUUUUGAAAAUUUUAAAGUUGGUGAUCUGACAGUCUGACUGUGAACAACAAAACUGGCAGACCUGGCAGCAGCAGCUGACUGUCUGCCAGCUGUGAGAGACUGAGAGCAUUUUUCUGCCUGGCAAGCAACACACGCGGAUAACACCUGCAAGGUGUGUAUCUGCAUGAUGGCGUGAGUUAGUGACAAAAAAUAAAGGCCCUCCAAUAAGUGACAAACUAGUGCCUGGGGACUAUGUAUCUAAGAUCACUUCAGAUAAUUACUAGCAUUGUUUCUCUUACAAAAUACUCCAUGCAUUAAAUAUCCCAAGAAACAAUUUUUUGAGGUAAGCUAACCUGAAAUGCUCCUCUUAAGAGUCCCAUUGAAAAUAAAUCCUCAUGCCAGAUUAUUAUUUGCUCUGCUGGACAAUGAACUUUCCUGCCCUUCUCUGUAAGAUGUCACUGCGUGGUACCCUGUCACCAGCAGUCAUUGUUACCUCUGCACGGGGUAAAGAGCUGCCCACUCCUCCUGUG